GGAAGGGAAAGAGCCUUUCAGCGGGGACAGAAGGGAAAGAGUCUCCGUUUCAAUGGAAUAAAAACUGCGCAAUUUCUUUACGCACUCCCAGCUCGGAUCACUCGCACCGUUGCUGUCCAUGAGACGGAUAUCAGCAGCGCUUUCUGGAUGAUUGUUGGCGGGGGGGGGAGUCCGUUCCCCAUUGCAACCCCCCCGCUGUCUUUGAGGCUUUUUUUUAAGGCUUCACCAGCUUGCGAUUUUUUUCUUAACCCGAUGGUGUUCAGAUGAAGGAAAAAGAAACGCGAUAUGACUGUGAAGAUGCAACAUCACUGAUGAGUGUGUUCGUCAUGCCUUGCCCAUGGGCGAACGCAUCCACAUUUUCUGUGCCGGAGGGGGGCGGGGAGGGGGGUCUGCGAUCUCUGCGUGCGCAGUGCUUCCCCGUGUCAUAAUUUGCGCCUAAACGCGUUAUUACGGACGUUGAAUGGAAAGGCUUAGUAUUUUAUUUUUCGUCAGUGGGGGAGAUGAGAGGGCUUUUAGAGGUCUGCGUCAUCCCGUGGCCGUGGAAGGAGAUGGGCUACUUUGCAGAUUUUCCACUGUUUUCACAGCCAGAGUCAGCGCGGCACCUCCCCAGCACGUUUUGGAUCACACACAGAAGGGACAAAGUGAGGAGCAUGGCUAAGCCUUGUCGCGACCUGUUUAAAGAGCCGCCGGCGCCCGACUGAGGCCAUGAGUUUGGCUGGCUACACUGCAGGCAAGAAUGAGCAAGUGCAUCAGCCCCACAGCAUGGAAAUGGGAGGCAGUCUGCACCUGGCCUCUGCAAGUGUCCACCUGCUCAGGUACAGGCAUUUGGCCACCCACUUAGUCCAUACACAUCCAGAGUGUUCUCAACAGUGGCAGGAGCUGAGAGGUGUCAUGGUGUCCGGUGGAUGCUAAAAAAGAGGGACUACAUCACCUCUGAUCUCAAGGUAGGACUCUUUAAACAUAUACUUUCUUCUCUGAUCCACAGUUUCUGACUUGGUGCCAGUUUUCACAUAACCAAGCAGUACUAACUACAGUACUGUGCAAAAGUCUUGAGCCACCCCGCAUUUCUUCGUACUUUGCUUCCUAGGAGCCAGGCUCUGGCAAUAGCUUUCCAUGCUUUCCGAAGAUCAUUCAGUGUAUAUAUAUAUAUAUAUAUACACAUAUAUUUGUAAGCCACUUAACACUAAACUAUGAAUCAUUUAAGAAAAUAAAAAUAAAAUAAAAAUGCACCUUUUCUUUCGUUGACUUUCCAAAAAAAGUGAAACAUAAGAUAAAAAUUAUAUUUCUGCACCAACAAGGUGAUAUUGAAACAGCUCUUAGCCAAAAACUGGGGAUAUAUCAACUUGAUGUGCAGUGGCUUUUUUGAAAAAUUUGAGGAAAUUGGACAAGCAGGGGACAAACGGACAAGUGGCAGGGCCUAAAACAGCAUCUUAAAGUCAUGCCUUUAAGAAACAAAGACAAAUCCUGACAAGAGGACCUCAGAGAUGCAUGUGGCCCUUCAUUUGAUCCAUCUAAUGUUCACUGAAGCCUCAUCAGAAAUGGUGUCAGGGGAAAAGUGGCUGCCAAGAAGCCAUUCUUUGUGACCAUGGGCAAAGGAAGAGAAACAGGAAGAAAGGGCUGAGUUAUGCAAAAUUACGCAAAAACUGGAUUGAAAAGUGGCAACAGGUCUUAUGAACUGAAGAAUCCAAGUUUGGCCAGAGAAGCGAUAUGACACUGAGUGCAGACAGCCAUCUGUACAACUCGGUGGAGGCUCUGUCGUGUUUUGGAUUUGCAUUUCAGCCUGCGGUGUUGGGGAUCUUGUCAAAAUCGAUGGAAUUAUAAACACAGAAAAGAACCAUCAGAUUUUGAUCCACCAUCCAAAGCAAUAUGAAAACUGUGUGACUGAAAAGGGCUUCAUUUCUCAGCAUGGCAGUGAUCCCCAAAACACUCCCAAUGCAGUAAAAGUAUACCCGACGUUUUUAGAAGCAGUGUGGGAUCAUCUCGACAGAGAACAGAACAAAAUCAGAAUCACUUUUAUUGCCAAGUUUUAAAUAAAUAUAAAGAAAUGAAGCGUGGCUCAAGACUUUUUCACAAUGUUGUAUAAUAUACUACAGCUGUCCUUCAUAAACUAUACUCUGCUUUGUGACCUCAGCAUUUAACUGACUUUACCCAGUUAUGUAACAGAUAAAGGCUAUAAAAAAUUAGGGUAAGUAGGUGAGGCAGGUAGAGGAGUAGGUCGAUGUGUGAAAAGAGUGAGUAAGAGAGCAGUAGGAGUGCACAUUACACACACACACACAUACGCAAUCAUUAAUUAUGAAGGAGGUGAGUUGCAAAGUCACGGGUGUCAGUGGAUUACUCCUCUUUUAUGAUUUCUCAUGCACGCAAACACCUUUUUAUGCUUUUGAACUUUGUGUGUGCCGUAAGUGCUGAACGUGCAUGUUCUGUAAAAGUUGCUGACUCAGCCAUUCAACUCAUAUCAAAACCACAUUAGAGAGCGAGAGAUCAACGAUUUCGUUUUUCAUUCUGUUAGCAAUCAGCGAGGAAGCUGCGAUUAGCAAAAUUCACCGUAUCUCACUGACAGUUUCAUUUACCGAAAACUUUUCCCAACCUCCAAAGCAGUUUGGGUUAUGGUGUAAAUGUCGUAUUGCUUUACGCUAUGUAACCUUCAACAAAACCUCCCCGGUUACCCCGUGUUGUAAUCACAUUAUAAUGUCACUGCUGCUGCUGCAAGCUCAUUUUUACACCACUGGACGGUUGCUGUCUGGUUAGACUCAAUGUUGUAGUGCAGUGUGUGAGUUUUAGCAGCAAACAUCAAAGCUAAGUUAUCUGCAGGGACAUGUGGCUUAGCCUUAGUCUCCAUGAUAGGAAAUUGACUAGUUGGGACAAUCUGCUGAAAAUGUAUUCCUUUACAUGCGCUCCUAACUUUGUAAGCUCCUUUACUUUUCACUGAGUAUAACUUUGGGGGGAGGGGGAGUAUAUUAAGCACGACUGGAGUUCUUAGCUUAUCAUAGCACCACAGUUGGGAUUAGCUGGUUGUUUGGGGAACUAAGGGAAAAGCCGGGGCUCCCUAUCAGUCGCUCUCUCCUCGAGUAAAGGCCCUAAUUAUCAGGGCUGCAGCGCUCCAUUCAGCCAGCUAUAUGUGGGUGUGCUUAGGCAGUCUCUCAGUCUGACUGCCUGUGUGGCUCUCUGUCUCCUCGCAGUGUGAGUGUGCGUGGAGGUGAUUAUUAUAGUGUCUGUCGGUCUCUCGCUGUACUCAAAAGCUGACUCACGUUAUGCCACAUGUACACACGGACAUACGCGCGCACAGUCCCACACACAAUCCUACAUAUCAGAGGCUGAAAAGUACCAUCUGUACCAGGGACACAGUCUCCUACACCCAUGCUCACACACCCUCACACACAGACACAUAACUUCACUUGCUACUCUCAAACUUUCUUUCUAGACCCCGUCACUGUUAUAAGCUGUUUAUUUUUCAAACAUGCUUGCAUGCGUGUGGCUGGCAUGACAGGAAUUUGGGGUCUCACACCCAUAAAGUAGGUGCUGUAUAUAUUUGGAGUGUGAGAACUGCUCCGUCCCCAUCCCUGAUCUCUUUAAUUACACACACAAAGUCUCACACAUGCACACAUGCCUGCAUUUCUUCCACACACAUAAACACAUGAUUGUUAGCCUUGUACCAGAGCUGCGAAAACAGUGCUUUGCUUUUUUUUUCUUUAUUGUCCCCUCCUACCACACACACACACACACACACACACACACAUGCACAUUCGGGACCCUGGGACAAGCUGUAAUUCCUCAGCUUCACUUGUUGUGGGAGAAGAAGUAUGGGAUUUCAGCUCAUAUAUAUUUAAUCUUUUCAAACUCUUAUUAUAUGGGUGCAUGUAUGAGAGGAGCAGCUGGGGGAAACUGUGUUUGUGCAGGGGCAGUGUGUGUGGCACACUAAAGUCCCACCCGUGCCCACAUCAAUCAGCAGUCCUCUUCCUGUUCACUUUUGCAGGAUGAUGUUCUCUCACCGCACUCUUUGGUGUGCACUCACUCGAAACAACACUUUAGACAGUAAACACACUGUAAUAGAAUAGAGUACUGUACUAAUCUCACACUAGGAGCAAUAUGAGAAAGCAGACUCACCAGUCCAAAAAACACACAACAAAAACCCCCAACAGCACAAUAUUUCCUUAAAGAGGAAUGGCUGGGGUUUAUAUGGUGCUUCUAGUCUUACUGACCAUUCAGAGUGCUUUAUCUAGCACACAUCCAUGGCCAACAGACUCCACACAGAGAGGGUUUGAACCAGGAACCUUCUUUCUGUAAGGCAACAUUAGCCACUGUGUGGCUGGACUUAAAGAGACAUCUCUGUUGAGCUAAAUAAAUAGCAUUUAGUCAACUUUAACCACUGUAAUUGUGAACAGAUAAUGUAUAAUUCAGUACUCUGUGGUGGGUCAUUUACAACUGGAGCAGUACAAGCCUUAGUAGCAUCCAAAAGACAUGCUAAAAUGUGUUUCAUCACAUCAGAUGUAUAAUUAAUAUGUAAUUGGACAUUAUUGAUGUGAACUUUGGUGUGGACCCUUACUGCUAUUCUUGGUGCAGCCAUUAAUGCUUCCAAGCUCCUUGCACAGUACUGUACGUACCAUAAACACAGGCUUUAAGAAAAACAAUCCAUCCAUAUAAGCACCACUGCCUUCAAGUACCAUAAAGACCCCCUCUGUGCUGUGUCCCUCCCCGCUUUCAACACAAAACACAUUAUUGAACAGUCUUUGUCACUUCACAAUAGACAUCUAGAUCCACCCGGUAGGACACGCAGCACAUGCCAUGCACUUACUUCACCAGGGGCUUGAAUCUAGCACACACUUUCUCUUCUUGUCACUUUUCACUGCGAGCUAAUAAAAACAAAAAUGCUUCCACUCAUUUAACGUUGUGUUAGGAAAAUGGAACAGGCAGCAGGAGACUGAUAUACUGUAAAUUCCAGAAGUUUUCCUGACCUACAUAAAUUAGCCAACUUUACUUUAAUUAAUAAAAAUAUACUUUUCAUUAGAUUUUAUGAGGUUACUGUUAAUUGUACGGAGAAAAUGUUUACUUUUUACUUAUUGCUUCGAGUGACGUUAGCAUAAAAGCAAAAGAGCUGAAGCAAAGGAAACAAUUACAUUGUUCCACCAGUAGGAGGAAACAGACUUGGCGCUACAUUGUGUCAAGUCUGCCAAAAAGAAGAAGAUGUCAAUAUCUGACCUCCCAAAUUCGCUUCUGGAUUGGUCAAAAAUUCCCAUAAACAUAUUCCUAAACUUUGUGGAAAGCCUUCCCAGAAGAUUUGAAGCUGUUGUAGCUGCAAAGUGUGGGAGAAUGGGAUGCUCUCAAGUUCGUAUGCAUGUGAAGGCAGACGAGCGAAUACUGAAUGUUCAUCCAAAUCCGAUGUUACAUUCUGUUUGUCUUUGUUUCACAUGUCACAUACAGUGUAAGCAAUGUACCGGUCACCGAAAUUUGUAUCUUUGCCGUGAUUUUAUUGGACUUACCACUAAAUACGAAACGAAGAAUACGAAAAGGUUCUGCAGGGCUGGCUAGCACCAAUUCAAGCACGUAAGAGUGCUUGAAUUUUGCCCAUUUUUAUGGCUCUUUUUAUCUUUUAAGGAACAGUAAGGUAAGUUAUUAAACUUGCAAUAAGUGUUUAACUUUGUUUCUCAGUGCAGCCGACAAUAUUUAAUGAUAAAUGGCUUUUAUCUGUGUCAACUUGCCGAGGUUGACACAGUGAAUGCAGUUUGGCCCUCCAGGUGUUACAGCAGGUGAACUCCAUGCAAAUACUGACAGUACUGAUAGUGUCAGCUACAGAGGCAACUCUACAUGAAGCUUGUUACAGCCACGCUGGCUGGUUAAUGAAUCAUCAUAUUUGACUCUAAGGAUUUAAAUAUCAUUUGUAGAUACAUGGUUGUUUCUAUAAGUGCUGACCUCUCUGUAGGAUGUUCACUCGUUAUAAUACUGAGCUUGCAUGGCUGAAACUAUUUCCUUGUUCCUAUUUGGAUGUCGAUGAACUCGCCCUGUUUUGAGUCAGAGUUCUAAGAAUCUAAAUAGUACACAGUGGAAGUUGUUUGGUUGCUUUUAAAGAGGCUUUGUGAGAAUGAAGAGGCCUGGGGUCUGUUAAUGGUGCUGACUGUCACUGAUGUAGCUGCGCCCGUCUCAUCAAAUCCUCUCCACCCUGACACGGACACGACUGACCGUAUUUCUGAGAGAGAUGUUUUAAUGGAUGAUCCCAAGAACCUCCCCAGAGUACUUUCCCUGAAGCUGUGAAAAACACUUUCAUAUUUAUCUGAAGACUAACGCUUAGAUUAAGACGGAAAAGAAGAGACUUCUGUCAAACCUGCACACUUUUAAAGGUACAAGUUUUUAGAACUUGAAUGCAACUAAAUAAACGUCUUAAAAUCGUCACAUGUGAAACCAAAUGAUGAUUUCUGACUUAUUAUGUGUGAACAGGGACAGCUUAGUAGAUGUACAUGUAUUAUGUUAUGAAAAAGUUUCACUUGUAUCUUUAGGUCUUUUUUUUAAAUUAUUGAUUUCUGAAGCAUUCAAAAAAGCCGAGUAACAAUUAUUUACUAUUUUAAGGCCAUUGGUUGAGGUUAAGGCUUAUUAAUUAGAAUUUACAGUGUAGCCUCAGCGAUUUGCACCGAGGCUAGGAGUGGUUUCACAGUGUUCAGAUUUUAUUGUUUGUUUGUUUGUUUGUAGUCUGUUCUCUUUUUAGAAUUGUUCCGACCAUAAAUAAACUGUGUGCGCGUGUAUCCAUAAGUCAUCGUCUUAGCAUCAUCCAUGACACACUCCCGUCCUCCCUGCGGCAACUAAUUUUGCCUCCUGUUAUCCUGCUGAGGCAGUGCUUUCUAAAUAUAACCUGUGUGUGUUUGUUGGGUUUGUGAUGCAUACUGUUGGUUGCACCAGUGUGGCUCUUUGGCAUUAUUAUAGAGAACAGGAUGGUUGCUUUGGCAAGGAAUGGCUGGAACAAAUGUUUCCGGCCUUGGAGAGACCUGUUUGUAGUUUUCAAAGUCUUGUUUGGCUACCUUUGAGCACGUGGCAUAUAAUUCUUGUGCUGUCUGUGCACACAGUCAAAUCACUGUCAUCUAGUAGGCACAACCAAGAAAUAUAUUAAACUCAUAAGUCAAGGUUUUAUAUGUUGGCAAAGCCAUGAGAACUAUGUUUCAACAAAUAAAAAAUACAGUAGUUCUAUAUUAUUGAGCCAUAAAACACAUCUAACAUAUCUAUAAGCACCACAUCAGGUCCAUCCACAGACCUUCCACUCUAUAAACACAUUUAUGCUAUAUUUAUGUAGCUAUCUAAAGCACAAACCUCACAUCUCAUAAUGAAGACAUUGCCCACCUUCACUAAAUAACUCAAAGCACAAGAGCAUUCAAUCACUGGCCACUCAGUAGUUACACACAUUCAACUGUAUGCUAAUGUGAAUAUCUAAUCAGCCAUUUAUGGUCAAGAUGACCUGAUGAAGUAGAUGGUUAAGAAAUGCAAUUGUUAGUGCCAGACAGGCUGCUCUGACUGCUUUACAAACUACCAAUCUACCACAUACCCAAAGUACAGAGAAUAGUCUGAAAAAGAGCAAAUAGCCAGUGAGCAGGGGCAGAUCUAGAGGGUAGUUUUAUGAAAUGUGUAUACUUUAUUUGAAUCGUUUUAACUAUAUGCAAUACCUGCAUAUGUGGGUUUUUUAAAAGGGUUGAUUUUGCCACCCUAAGGGAAUUUCUCCACCUCGGCCCCUGCCAGUGAGCUGCACUUCUCUGUGUGAAAAUUCCUCAUUUGAUGUCUGAAAUUAAAGGAGAAUGGCCAAUCUUCUUAGAGCUGACAGGAAGGCAACAAUAAGUCACUUGCUACAAGCAAGGUAUGCAGAAGAGCAUCUCUGAAUGCACAACACAUUGAAACUUGAAGCCGAUGGCCUGCAGCAGCACAAGACCACACUGGGUGCCACUCCUGUCAGCUGGAACAGGAACCUGAGGUUGCAGUUUGCAGCAGUUUUGAAGGAAAAAGAAGGGAUCUAACCUGGUACAUAAAAUCUGAACCAAAUACCACUAAUUUAAAGUUUACUGAGCACUUAUUACAUGUUUACCAUCUUUGUAACUGUGUUAUUAAUAAAUAGUGUAUUCUAGUCAGGUUGAGGGCAGGCUGUAUCAUUUUAGAAAACUGUUGAGUCUAACGAAACAGACUGUCUGUUCUCACUGUAACAAUGUGCAAGUUGCCCAAAGAGAAGAAACCAUUCCCGGAUCAUUUCAGCAGUGGAUCUGUGAGGCCAGUAGUUUUCUUAUUAUGGAUGUACAAGAAAUCCAAGUCACAGGCAAAAAUGUACUCAGACUAAAACACUGCGAUAGUCUGUCUUCCUGUGGGUAAUAUGAAGUGAGGGGCGCUUCCUCGUCCAGAAAUAGACCGAGGCAGAGAAAUAGCUGCUGGCUGUGCUGGAGUCCAAGCGCUGGUCACGAGUCUGCCUGAAGAAGAAAAAAAAACACUCCGGAGUUAAAAAUAAAAAGGUACAAAGAGAAAUAAACGGGCCCGGUACCGGCAGUCGGAUCUAACGCGAGCUUACCCUGGGAUUCCGGGGGCGGGGAUUGACGUCACGUUCUCUUUAAACACAGCUCAGCGCAAUACGAGCUGUGCCCGUCAGCUUCAGUGAGAGAGCUUCUUUGACGCGGAGAGAAACACGGAGAGCCGUGCGAGCGGAGCUGGGGCUUGACAGCAGAGACAGCCAUCAGACACGGAGUAAAAUAUCUGAACGAGCCCAUCACGGACACCGGAGACGCUCUCCUGCUGUCAGGAGGCUCAAGUGUCGUUUUUUUGUUCUGUUUUUUAUUGGGAAAGGAAACGAUAGAGACCGACAGGGAUUAUAGGACUGUAGCUGCUCUGCCGGCUGUUCGAGUUUCUAUGCACACUCGGAGCUCUAAACUUCCAAACACAGCGAGUGUAAAAGGCUGCUGUGACUGACAGCGAGGACCCGGAUACUUCAUUCAUAUUUCAUUCAACAAUUUAUUCCCCUUCUGCUGAGACUGUUGGAAGCUCUGCUGUGACCGGAUUGAGGAGACCCCGGAAGAAAUGAUUGGCAGCUGAAGCUGAGACUUAACACAACUGUGAAUCAAUAACUCGGUGCUACUCUAAAGGUGCGCACAGCGCAGUUGGCUUUUAGGCUCCUGGUGCUGAAGAUAGACCUCCACAUAUUCUCAGUGUUGGAGUGAGGCCCUCUCUGAGCUGCAGUGGAGGGCUUCACAGAUACAGCUAGUCUGGCUGGAUGCAUCACCCAAUAGAGCAGUUUGGCGGGCGAGGCACACGGGAUUCCUUCCCUCUGGACGAACUCAACCGGGGGCCAUGGCCUCCCGUGGGCGGCCGCGCCUGGCAGCCACCUGCCAGGUGUUCACCUACGAUGAACCAACACCAGCUACUUCCCCAUCUACCUCCUGGACCUAUGGGUGGAUUAAACCAUCACAGCAAAUAUUUCAGUAAUGGGCCGAUGCGAGGAAGCGAGAAGCUCGAUCUCCCACAGCCAAUGCUACCACCUCUGCAGAGGGAGCAGCAGAGACCUCCCCACCAUCUUCAUCCUCCACCUCAUCACAGAGCGUGGGAAAUUAGCCAGCUAUAUGAUUCCCACCUUCCUCCUCGAGGACAUCCGGUCAUGCCCCUGCCCAAUGACCUCUCGCUCCGUCUCCAUAAUGGAGGCUACGCGGGCAGCGGCGGACCUCCACCUAACCCCCAUUUCCCCUCCAGGGGGCCAAACCAAAUGCUGAAAUUUGGGGGUCCUCAGGAGCAGAAUGUUCCCCGGGGUCCACCUUUGCUGGGAGAUGACAUGUGGGCUCAGGUGCACCAGCAGAGGCCAUACCCAGGAAAGAUGCAAGGAGGUCAGCUGAAGCGACCAGGCCCUCCACUGGGUGAACACUCUGUUAUCCAACACACGCCUUCACCAUCGCUGCAUACGCCCUCACAGCCUGCAGCAGAGGAGUGUCCCAGCCCCAGCAAAAGGAAAAAGAGUUCAGAUCAGGUAUCUCACCCUGGGCUGCAACGUUUCUCUGGUGCUGGCCAAUCUUUGCCACAGCAGCAGUCGUCUGCUCAGCACCACCCUCCAAAGCCCGCCUUCUGGAACCCCAUUCACAAGGACAGCAGUGUUCCCUGGCAGCCACAAACCUCAGAGCGCAAGAACCCACAAUCACAGUUCCAGGAAAACAACAAACAAGGUAUGGGCAGCUACAACCAGAAGUCCUCUCCUGCAUCUUUGGCCCCUUCCAACCUCUCUCCUUUACCCAACUCCCCUCCAGGAAGCUACAACCAGGGAUGUGCUCCUAAGCUUCAGAAAGACAAGUUACAACCUCAGGCUGUAAACCAUCGGUCCCCUCACUCCUCCUACCCUAGUCCCGGCUCCAAACCGGAGAGAGCUCCACCAUGCCAAGCUAAAGAGACUCGUGGUUCUCAGAUGCAGAGAGGCCCUUUUAUUGGGGGCCAAGGUGGCAGCCAAGCUACCUCUCACACAGCAUCAACUCCAACCAGGGGAGACAGAGAUCAUCACCGACAUGCCCAGUCGUCACCAGCAAACAUUUCUGCGUCUGGCAGCAACAACAGCAGCAGCAGUGUGCCUUACAGCCACUUCCAGCCUCAUCCAGGGCUGGUCCACCAGGGUCCUCCUCCUCCACCGCCUCAAGCCAGCAGCACCUCAGUACCUCAGCAACAGCAAAGCGGUCCACAUGAGGCCUGGAGAUAUCAGAGCACGCCCAGCAAUCACUCCCUGGAGUCGGGCAGCUACAGGCCUCCAGGGCUGCUACCUCAGUGCCAGCAGAGCCACAAUCAGGUCGUGGAUAGUCGGCAUCCAGGUUCCUCCCGGCAUCAACAUCACGUCAGCCCUCCCCUGCCACCUACUCGAACACCUGUCAUCACAACCAACCCUCCUAUGUCCCAGACCCCCUACUCUGUCAGCCGCCAUAGCAACAGCAGCGGCUCUAAUAGAGUUGCUAUGGCUGCUUCCUUUGCAGUGGCCACAUCUCCCCCUGCUGGCUGCUCUGUGAACAAUGACAGUACUAGUAACCGCUGGCAAGGAGGAAGGGAGCCAGCCCCACAAACCCCUACCAGUGCCGUCACUAACUCCAAAUCUCACAGGGAUGCUCUGCAGCAGCCAGGCAAUCAUCGAGGCCCAGCUCCCACCGCAAACCAGUCUCACCAACACGGAGCUACCAAGUCCCAGCAUAUGAAGGGGAAGAUGGCGUACUAUGCUCAGGCUCAACUGGAAAAACCUCCAUUUUCCUCCUCAUCUUCUCUGUUCUCCUCAGGGCAAAACAGGGCAGGGGACAGUGUGAUUACAAGCACAGUUUCAAGUCCGCUUUCCAACUCUCCAACUUACUGCCCAGUUUCUCACUCCACCGUCAGCUCUGCGCCUCAACCAUCCAGCCCAGCCCUCCCCUCCAAACAGAUGUUCUCUCAUCCGCGAACUCCAACCUCUGUCCCUCAGUCCAUUGAAGAGGCUCUCGACAAACUCGAUGCUGAGCUAGAGGGACACAUGCAAGCUGAGGAGAGGAGGAAGCUAGAGAGAGAGGAGCAAGAAAGAAAAAGAAGAGAAGAAGAGAGAGAAAAGAGGGAAUGGGAAAUGAGACAAAAACAGGAAGAGGAGAGGAAGAGGCUAGAGCUGGAAAAGAAGGAAGAGGAGAGGAAAAGAGAGCUGGAGAAGCAGGAGGAGGAGAACAGGAGAAGAGAACAAGAGAGGCAGGAGAGAAAGAAAGAAGAGGAGAGACGGAGAAUAGAAGUGGAGCGACUGGAGAAAGAGAGGAAGAAGAGAGAGUGGGAGAAGCAAGAAGAGGAGAGGAAAAGGAGAGAAUGGGAGAAGGAAAGGAAGAGGAGAGAGUGGGAGAAGAAAGAAGAGGAAAGGAAAAGGAGAGAGUGGGAGAAGCAGCAGGAAGAGGAGAAAAGGAGGAGGGAAGCAGAAAGGCACGAGCAGGAGAGAAAGAAAAGACAGCUGGAAUGGGAGGAGGAAGAAAAGAAAAAACAAAAAGAGCUAGUGAGGAAAGAGGAAGAGAAAAAAAGGAUGGAGAGAAACAGAGACGACAAACUGUGCAGCGCAAAAGGAAAAGAGCAGGCUGCUAUCGAAAAUCUAGAAAGGCUACUCUGUGAAAACACCUCCACGGUGCCCCCACCUCCUCCCCUCUCUUCUGUCACUGCAUCUCCUUCAGGUCCAUCUCCACCCAGUGCUCAGGCUUCUCCUCCAUACCCCUGGCUAAGCCGUGGUGGUGUGCUCCCCUGCCAAUCAGGCCAGACACCCGCCGUUGCCGCUAUUGCCGCUCAUGUCGAAAGGCUGCGGCCUCCUCCUCUUACACCUCAGACAGACUAUGCCAGAGAAAAGCAAAGGCAGAGGGAGAUGUGGAGUACCAAUGGCGGAAUGACAUUCAGUCCUUCUUCAACAAACAAUACCUCAGGGAUGAACCAGCCGGUGUACCCCAACAAGCCCCCGGCGAUGCAAACUGCACCCAGCCAAUCCAAAGACCCAGCCAGGGAGAGAGACAGCAGCCAACACUCUCUCCCCACGGUGGCACUAAGAGAGCCGCCGAAACUGUAUCACGCCUUUUCUAGAGAAAACCUCCCACCUCUGUCCUCCACCUCCACCGGGGGAAUCCUCAACAAGCAGCUGACCAGAGGUGGUUUGGAAAUCGCUGACUCUGACAGCGCUCAGUUUGAGGAGGAGUCCUCUGAGUCCACGCUGCUUCCCGACGGUCUGGCUAACAUUAUGGCCAUGCUGGACGAAUCCAUCAAAAAGGAAGAGGAGAUGUAUAACAGUGAAAAGAAUGGGCCCACAGGUCUCAUUGGCACCUUUUCUCCCAGUGCUGAGCCCAACAAGAACUAUCUUUGCGCCCCAGACUUGGUUCCAGCGACCAAACAUCAGCCCAGUCAUGAAGACCGAUCCAACGCCAGUCCUCCUGUGCUCAGCCGCCAAGGCUCUCUGGCAUCACCUUGCAGCCGAACAUCUUCUCUCAACGAGGACGACGAGGACUAUCUUAAACCUUCUCCAAAUAAUCCUAAACAGCCCGUGCACAUGCCAGUGGGAAUAGGGAACACCAAUUACCGUCACAGUGACUUGGCUAAACUUUAUGGUCUCCCUGAACAGAUUAAAAGUGACGCUGAUGAGGACGAAGAUGAAGAGGAUUCCGAGGCCCCAUCUUGUUCUCCGCCACCCCAAAGACCCCACCUUCAUCAGACGGGUGUUAAUAGCAUGUUCAAGUCUCUAGCAACUGUCCUAGAGAGCCAGAAGUAUGCCUACCGUGGCGGGCCUUUUGGGAGACCUCCUCCAUCAGCUCUGGUUGGGGUUAAGUAUUCCUCUUCGCUGUCACUGGGCCCUGAUAUCUGCUGCCAGCAGCAAAGCAGUUCUCCCACAUCAGACUCAACAAACCCACCAUUCAGUCCUGCUCUCCCACCCAUGAAGUCCUCUCCUCGUUCUCUACUGGAAGAUAAGAAGCUGAAAUUAGAGGACUCGGAUGUCUGGACAGAUGAAGGGGACUCAGAGGAAAGCUUCACCUUUAUUAAAAAGAAACGCAUUCCUACGAUAAAGCCUAUCAGGGUGAUGAAGGAGGAGCAAGAGUUGACAACCAUCUCUGAAUCUUCUUUGGCAGAGUUGGGCAAGAGCUGUGAGGUCAUGCUUAGCCGACAGUCACUCCAUUACAAGAGCUCCUACAAAAAACAUGACAGCCAAGGUCAAAUGGGGAACAGACACAAACCCGAGAAAGUAAGGGAACACAGAGAGAAAGGCAGAAGCAGAGACAGACAGAGGGACAAAGAAAAGAAGAGAAAGCACGGUCACAGCAGCAGCAGAAAGCAUGAAGAUAGAAAAGAAAAGAAAAAGCAUAGAGACAAGAAAGAUUCUUCUUCAUCCACCCAUUCCAGUUCCAGCCACAAGCGGCACAAAGAUGGCAAGAGCCAUAAAGAGAAAGAUCGCAGAAUCCUAAGUGAUCUCAAUCUCCAGAGAAGGGAGGGCUCAGAGAAAACCUUUGGUCUCUAUGAAACUGAAAAAAGGAAAUGCAAGGAAGCAUGCAGUACCAGCUCCACAAGCGAAGGCGAGCGUAGAGAAUGGACGGGAGAAAGAUCUUCUGAGCACAAAAAAGGCGAAUCUGGGUCUUCGUUAGGUUCUACGGAUUUAAUGAAAUUGAAGGCGUUGUCAGAUGGACCACCAAAAGAGCUCAAGAUUCGGCUGAUCAAAGUGGAGAGCGGCGACAGGGAGACGUUCAUUGCCUCAGAGGUGGAGGAAAAAAGGAUUCCGCUGAAGGACAUCAGCAUCAAGAACACUGCGAGUGAGAUUAUCCGAUCCUGCAAGGCAGCCAGACUCAAAGGGAAGUUUAAAGAAUCCUACUUACUGCCAGCCUUCUCUGUGAAGCCCAUCAUAAGCAAAGAGGAACCAAUUCCCAGGGAGAAACUCAACCCUCCUACACCCAGCAUCUAUUUGGAAAGCAAGAGGGACGCCUUCUCCCCUGUCCUCCUGCAGUUCUGUACUGACGCCAAGAAUCCUGUUACUGUCAUCCGAGGACUAGCUGGAUCUUUGCGACUCAACCUGGGGCUCUUUUCAACAAAAUCCCUGGUGGAAGCCAAUGCAGAUCAGAUGGUGGAGGUGAGGACUCAAGUGCAGCAACCUGCCGACGAGAACUGGGACCCUAGUGGCACGGGCCAGACGUGGCCCUGCGAGAGCAGCCGCUCCCACACCACCAUCGCCAAGUACGCCCAGUACCAGGCCUCCAGCUUCCAGGAGUCUCUCCAGGAGGAGAAAGGCAGUGAUGAAGAGGAGGAUGAAGACGAUGAGAAGAAGCCACCCAGCAGUUCUGAGACUCCCAACAAAGACAGCUCUAAAGAAACUUGCAAUGGUGAGCAGAAACCAGUUGGGAAAAUCAUUAAAUUUGGCACCAACAUUGAUCUCUCUGAUCCCAAGAGGUGGAAGCCUCAGCUUCAGGAGCUGCAGAAGCUUCCAGCAUUUAUGCGCGUGUCAUCCAGCGGAAACAUGCUGACCCAUGUCGGACACACCAUCUUGGGCAUGAACAGCGUCCAGCUCUACAUGAAGGUCCCAGGGAGCCGAACACCAGGUCACCAGGAGAACAACAACUUUUGUUCAGUGAACAUCAAUAUUGGCCCUGGAGACUGCGAGUGGUUCUGUGUCCAUGACAACUACUGGCAGGCCAUCAGUGACUUCUGUGAGAAGCACGGAGUGGACUACCUGACAGGGUCCUGGUGGCCAGUACUGGAGGACCUUUACAACGCCAACAUCCCAGUCUACCGCUUCAUCCAGCGGCCUGGAGACUUGGUGUGGAUAAAUGCUGGUACUGUUCACUGGGUUCAGGCUGUGGGCUGGUGCAACAAUAUUGCCUGGAAUGUUGGACCCUUGAAUGGCUACCAGUAUCAGCUGGCGCUCGAGAGGUUUGAGUGGAACGAAGUGAAGAAGGUGAAGUCCAUUGUCCCCAUGAUUCAUGUGUCCUGGAAUGUGGCCCGCACUCUGAAGAUCAGUGACCCAGACACCUACAAGAUGAUCAAACACUGCCUGAUGCAGUCCAUGAAGCACAUCCAGAUCCUGCGUGACCAGCUGGUGGCUGAAGGCAAAAAGAUUUCCUAUCAGAGUCGAGUCAAAGACGAGCCUGCCUACUACUGCAACGAGUGCGAUGUGGAGGUGUUCAAUUUGUUGUUUGUGACGAGUGAGAACAACAGCAGGAAGUCGUACGUGGUUCACUGCGAGGACUGCGCACGCCACCGCAACCCGAGCCUGACCAACGUAGUUGUGCUGGAGCAGUACCGCAUAGAGGAGCUCAUGAGCGUAUACGAUUCCUUCACCCUGGCCUCCUCCUCCCGAUGACAGAGCUCCCCACGUACAUCUCCUCAGCCAUAAACCAAAACUCCUGCGAGGCAGGACAAAGACAGUUUCACUUUGGUUUUCAACUCACCCAUUCAUUAUUGUUUAGCAUGAUUCUUGCGACUACUGCUACUACUUGCCGAAUAGCCAGUUGAAUACGUUUACUCCUUACUUGUUUACAAAGAGAAAAAAAAAAACCAAGCCGCCAAUAAGAUACCAGUUUACUCUCAGAUGGUGCUUUCAACGAGAACCCCUGGACUCUGUGGUGGUUAACGGGGGCAGUUGGUGCUGUCAUUGAACAAACUGUGGAGGGUAGCUGAUGGUUUCAACGGCGUGUUUCUGUCAGUACCGGAAAGAACUCUUCUCUUCUCUUGAAUAUUGAAAUUUGUACAUGCUGUUUUGAAAUUUCUCGUGGGGUGCUGUCUUUUUAAAAAAUAAUUUAUUGUUGUUUUGUUUUUUUUCUAAACUAGAUCCGCCUAGAUAUAUACCACAUUGGCCUUGUAUUUAGAAAAGAGAAAAUGGAAAAAUACUAAUAGAGUUAUGAACAUUUUUCUAAAAGCAUUAAGAAUUUAAAAAUUGUUUGGAAUGCUUCAAAAGAUACGGGUUAUAGCAACUUUGGUUGUUUUUUGCGGGGGGUUGGGGGAGGGGCUCUUGUGUUUUUUUUAAACUUUACUUUUUUAAAAAGUUUGAAUGUGUUGUAAAUUUUGUUUCUAUGAGUUCUAGCUUUUGUUUUCUCUGGAGAUUAAUAUUCAGUUGUCACAGGUUGUCAGGUCUUGUUCAUUUCUUCACUCUGUGUAUGACCGCUCUCUUUAAAAAAAAAAGAAAAAGUCAUUGUCCUCUGGUGUGUGUUUUGUUUGUUCCAAUAUGCAGACUUCGUAUUUCCUGAACUUUUUUUUUUUUUUUUUGGCAUUGUACAUUUAAUUUAAAAUGUUUCCUCUAUUUAUUGGAUAUUGGCGUUUUCCCUUUUCUGAUAGGGUUGUACAAUUUUGCUAUGUUUUAUUCCCUUUGUUUUAUGGUGACUGUUUGCUCUGUAAGAACUAAAACAUGGAGGCUGUGUGGACGGAGUGGAGGCUACUGUUUCUCUGGUGCUCGCCUCUCGCCUCCUGUCUUUUCUCUCAUGAUAUAUAUUAAAUUAUAUCUUUAUCUUUAAUAUAACACCACCUUUCCUGUAGACAAUAGGCACACUGCUCACGUAGAGAAGAUGACUAAUGGAAUGCUGUGUUUGUACGCUUAUUAAAAAAGGAACAGAAUGACUUUUUUUCCAAAGUGUUUUUGAGAAAUGGUAAUUUUUUUGAAUAUGUAGGGGGCUUUUAGAUGAGAUUUGAAUGAUUUUAUGAUAUCUGUUGAAUAUGCUAACGGGAUAGAUGGUGCUAAAUGUUCUCUCUGAACAAUUUUUCUUUUUUUUGUCUUCUUAAAAUGAGAAUUCUAUUUUUCCUGUUGCAAUAUUAUCUUACACUUUCCUUCUCUUUGUGGUCAUUCGUUUAUAACUGCACUGUUUAGAGAAUCCACACAGACAUACUUGCAGACAUACACACCAAACUGAGCCAGACAUGUCUUAAACACUUGUGAAUUUGUGACAUUACUAUGACUAUUAAUAAACGCUUUUUGAUAAAUUCA